AUGGCAUACAAAGGACUUACCUUUUCUCCGAUUCUCAGCCUGGGGUUAAACAUUUUCGUGCUUUGCACAGCUUUUGGUGAUAUCAGCUACUCGGUUCCGGAAGAGUCAAAGAAUGGAUAUGUGAUUGGGAACAUUGGCAAAGAUCUAGGGGUAAAUUCAAAGACAUUAUCGGCAAGGAAAGCGCGUCUAGCUGUGGAUGACACAGGCAAAGGUUACUGCACCAUUAAUCUAAAAACCGGAGAUCUGAUCGUCACAGACAGAAUAGACAGAGAAGAACUUUGCGGAUCACGCACCGUUUGUUCUCUUACAUAUGAAAUGGUUCUCGAAAAUCCUUUGGAAUUGCAUCGUGUGGUUGUCCAGAUCCAGGACAUAAACGAUAAUUCACCCAGGUUUGCAAGUGACGUUAUUAAAUUUGAAAUAACAGAAUCAACAGUCAAAGGUGCUCGUUUUGCCAUCAAUGGCGCACAUGAUGCAGACGUCGGACAAAAUGGGGUUCAAAGCUAUUCACUGGAAAAUAACGACCAUUUUAAUUUUGUCGUCAACACUAAACCAGGAGGCGGGAAAUACGGUGAAUUGGUGUUAGAAAAAGAGCUGGACCGUGAACAACAACAGGACAUUAAAUUAUUACUCACCGCCACUGAUGGUGGGAUUCCACAGAGAUCGGGUACUGUAGUUAUACACGUCGCUGUGCUUGACGCCAAUGAUAAUGUCCCAGUCUUCAGUCAAUCAGUUUAUAAGGUCUCUUUGCCUGAAAACGCCUCUGUAGGUACUCUAGUGGUCACCGUCAGCGCAACGGAUGCUGACGAAGGAGCAAAUGGUGAGGUGACUUAUGAGUUUGGACAUACUUCAGACGAACUGAAUGAAUUGUUCAAGCUCGACCACAGAACAGGAGCUAUUACAUUAGGCGGACAGAUUGAUUUUGAAAAGGAGACUUCGUAUGAAUUAAGCAUCCAAGGCAAAGACGGCUCCGGAUUAGUGUCCUUUGCCAAUGUUAUUGUUGAAAUUGUCGAUAUCAAUGACAACGCGCCUGUAAUUUUUCUUCAGUCGUUUCACAACCCAAUUCCUGAAAACGUGGUGCCGGGCACCGAGGUGGGCAUCAUUAAUGUUCAAGAUAAGGACUCAGGGCAAAAUCGGCAGGCCCGUUGCUCCAUUCAGGAAAAUGUUCCUUUCAAAUUAAAUCCAUCGGUCAAAAAUUAUUACUCGAUUGUGACGACUAAAGAACUCGACCGGGAAAAGCAAACGGAUUACAAUAUAACAAUCACUGCGACAGACGAGGGCUUUCCGCCACUAUCUUCUUCCAAGACUGUUCAUUUAUAUGUGUCAGACGUCAAUGACAAUCCACCUGUGUUUCAACAACAGUUUUACAAUGCAUAUAUUCCUGAGAACAACAAACCAGGGACCCCUGUAUGUUCUGUCUUAGCGAGAGAUCCAGACUGGAGACAGAACGGAACAGUGCUUUAUGCCCUGUUGCCCAGUGGAGUCAGUGGCUUUCCUGUGUCCUCUUAUUUAUCCAUUAAUGCAGAAACUGGGGUCAUUCAGGCCUUGAGGUCCUUUGACUAUGAGCAACUAAGAAGCUUCAAAGUCCAAGUUGUAGCCAGAGACAAUGGGUCUCCCCCACUUAGCAGCAACGUGACUGUGAGUGUCUUCAUAACAGAUGAAAACGACAACUCUCCUCAGAUAUUAUACCCUACGCCUGAGGUUAAAUCUUCCCUGACUGAGAUCGUUCCCAGAGCCGCUGUUUCUGGUUCUCUAGUCUCCAAGGUCAUAGCUGUAGAUGUUGACGCUGGACAGAAUGCUUGGCUAUCUUAUGAAAUUCUUAGGUCUACUGAUCCGGGACUUUUUACCAUAGGUCUCCACAAUGGAGAGAUAAAGACAAAGCGUGACAUAACUGAAUCCGAUAGCAUGAAGCAGAAUCUCAUUGUAUUGGUUAAAGAUAACGGACAACCGUCUCGCUCUUCAACCUGCUCUGUUUAUCUUCUUAUUUCUGACAACGUGUCGGAGGUUCCAGAACUGAAAGAUGUGUCUUUUGAGACGAAUGUCUCGGAACUGACGUCUUAUCUGAUCAUUGCUCUUGUCUCUGUAUCCACUUUCUUCCUGACUUUCAUUGUCGUUGCUCUGGUUGUAACGUUUUGCCGCAAGAGAAAGCACAGGCUGUUGUUUGAUGGAGCCGUGGCUAUUCCAAGCACAAGUUUCCCUCCUAACUAUGCAGAGGUGGAAGGAGCAGGAACGCUGCGUAGUUCUUACAACUACGACACAUACUUAACGACAGGUUCACGCACAAGUGAUUUUAAGUUUGUCGGAGCUUACGGUGAAAACACUCUGUCGACUAAUCAUACGCUGGGGCGGUGUCCAACUGAUAACUUUGGACAGCAUGCUGUGAUCGUCAGCACCUCAACAGAUUCUAAUGAGGUAAAAUUCCCAAUUUUUGGCAAUGCAUUUUCUCUUUACAACAAUACACCGAUGGAUUAA